AUGACGACGCAGCAUGGCAGAAACGAGACGGGAGAUCAAACAAUCCAGCAGUACUGUCAGAAGAUUAAAUCACUAGCCGAUCUACUAAGCAAUGUAGAUGCACCAGUCAAUGAAAGGACUUUGGUUAUGUACCUUCUCAAUGGCCUCAAUGAGAAGUACGUCAACAUCAUUAACAUCAUCAAACAUAAAGAUCCCUUCCCCACUUUUGACAAUGUGAGAUCCAUGCUGGAUAUGGAGGAAUCACGACUCAACAAGCCAAGGAGGGCAACGGCUUCACACAUGGAUAUGUCUUCUUCAUCAACAGUUCUUGUAGCGACUGAGACUCAACCCCAACAGACCAGAAAUCAACCUCAGCGUAACAACAACAACUACAGAGGAAAGAAGAACAACCGUUUCAGAGGAAACAGAGGCAACUUCAACAACUUUCUGCCUCAAUAUCCCAUCUGGAUGCCUCCAACCUUCUGGAGGGGUCAGUACAAUGCGUGGCCUCAGAAGUUUGCGAACUGGAAGCUCCAACAUAUCGUGGAUCCUCUGCUCCUGCAACUCAAACUCAGCAAGCGCAUCUGA